UCUAAAUGCGUAAAAUCACAUGUCCCACAAUGCUCAUUAGAAACGAAGGAUGGUACGUCAUCAAAACGCGCCGUUGCUUUGGCAACGUUUGUAACGGUUAGCCUUCCUAUUAGCUGUGUAGCCUUCGCUAACCAUCGAUCUCGAUGCCAAAAAUAAGCUCGGACACAUUAUGGGAGCUGGCUGCGGCGGAGGUCCACAGCCGGGAGAGCGGAGGUGCAGAGGACGGGGACGGUGGAGAGGCUGUGAACGAGCGGACGGUGCUUCUGAUGGGGAGCAAAGCUGGGGGCAAAACGUCCAUUCUCCUCAGGUGCUUGGACAGAGAUGAACUAUCCAAACCAACUCUGGCCUUGGAGUACACUUUUGGCAGACGAGCACGAGGACACAACACGCCCAAAGACAUAGCCCACCUAUGGGAGCUGGGAGGAGGGACCUCUUUGUCAGACCUUGUCCAGAUCCCCAUCACUCCUGUCAGCAUCAGCUGUCUCUCAGUCAUCCUCGUCCUGGACCUGUCUAAACCCAAUGCUCUGUGGGGAACAAUGGAGAAGCUACUGCAGGCUGCACAGGCUCACCUAGAGAGAACCUCCUCCCAAGUACAGAAAUCCAAACCCGGAGUCAAACACCAGACUCCCAGCCACUCAGCAGCACGUGUCUUACCUAAAGACUAUCCUGACAGAGAGUUGAUCAGUCCCUUUCCUGUUCCUCUGCUCAUCAUCGGCAGCAAGUACGACAUCUUCCAGGAAUUUGACUCUGACAAGAAGAAAGUUGUCAGUAAAACACUGCGUUUUAUUGCUCAUUACUACGCUGCCUCUCUCGUUUUCACUAGCAUCAAAUCAGAGAGCCUUAUAUCGAAAACCAAGAGCUUCUUCUUGCACCUGGCUUUCGGUUUGGAGAGAGGGAAAACUGUUUCCUCUGACCCCCUCAAGCCGCUCAUCAUUCCCGCAGGCUCUGAUUCCUUCGGUCAAAUAGGUUCCCCACCUACUGUCGAUGUGGAUAUAACGUCUCUCCAUGCUAAAAAUCCAAAAGACCUCUGGAAGAAAGUGUAUGAGCGUGUCUUCCCCCCAGAGAGUACAAGUGAGCAGAGAGAGCUAAAGGAUCCAGCCAAAGAUCCUCAGUACAGUGAGCCUCAGAUUGAUGCCAUGAGAGCCCAGAAAGACCAGGAGUUGGAGCAGUAUAAAAGGAAUGCAGCGAAAUCAUGGAAAGGUCUAGAGCUGGAGACAUGAGAUAUCAUCUGCUUUAUUACACACAUACAACAUAUUAUAAUGUACAUAGAGCAUAUAUAUUGUAUUUGUUUACUUUUUUAUUAUAUUUUCUGUUGUACUUUUCUGUAAUUAUAUAAAUAAAUGCUGACAUUUUAAUCAAGUUUAAAAAGAAAAAUAUAGUUUUGGCUUACCAAUAAUAAUGUUUGUUCUUCAAACAAAACAAACAAGUUUAUGUUUUUUUUCUUCCCGGCCAUCAGUGGUACUAGGGUUAAGGUUACCACAAGAAAACUGUACAUGCCAUAAACAUGCAAAUUUUUCAGGUAACAUGUUUCGAGUAGUUUACAGAACAUCUGCAGAUGUUUAAGUGUUUUAAUGUAUAUGGCCUCAUCCCAGUGAACAGAGAUGAACUGUGCUGUACUACAUGGCGUGCAUCAAAUGUAAACAUUUAAACUUAAAAAAAUUUAUUCUAAGUGCCUAUAAUACCACUUUAUUAGGUACACCUGUUAAAGUGCUCGUUAACGCAAAUGUUUAAUCUGAUAAUCACGUGGUAGCAACGUAACACAUUGAAAUUCAAACCGGGCAUUUGAAAGAAAAGGGAUUUAAGUGACUUUGAUGAUGACAUAGUUGUUGGUGCCAGAUAGGCAGGUUGAUCUACUAGGAUUUUCCUGCGCAACCAUCUCUUGGGUUUAAGAAAAAUGGUCUAAAAAACAAAAUAUGGCUUUUUGAUUGUCAGAAUGCCUCAAACUGACAGGAAAGCAACAGUAACUCGAAUAAGUACUCGUUAUGGUAAGCAGAAGUGCAUCUCUGAAUGCACAACACGUCAAACCUUGAAGCAGUUGGGCUUCAGUGGGAGAAAACCGCACCA